CACACACGGAACGAGGAGCCGGCUCCAGGUGAUCAUCAUAACAGCGGGCCCCGCACAGGAGGCUCAGCACCCGGGAGCCACGAGCAGGGCAGCGGAGACAGGCGGGGAGAGGAUGCACGGGCCACCAGCCCUUGCCAGGUUCUGGCCUGGCCUGCUCGUCGCGCUGGGGGCCCUCUGCCCUGGCUGCUCGCCAUGUGGCAUUUCAACACACAUAGAAAUCGGCCACAGAGCCCUCGAACUCCUCCACUUUCAGGACGGCAGCAUCAACUACAAAGAGCUGCUGCUCGAGCACCGGGACGCGUACCAGGCCGGAACCGUGUUCCCGGACGCCUUCUACCCCAGCAUCUGCGAGAGAGGGCGAUUCCACGAGGUGUCCGAGCGUACCCACUGGACCCCCUUCCUCAACGCCAGCGUUCACUACAUCCGGGAGAACUACCCCCGUCCCUGGGAGAAGGACACAGAGAAGCUGGUCGCCUUCCUGUUUGGAGUCACGUCUCACAUGGUGGCAGACGUCAGCUGGCACAGCCUGGGCAUCGAGCAGGGGUUCCUGAGGACCAUGGCAGCCAUCGACUUCCACGGCUCCUACUCCGACGCGCACUCGGCCGGGGACUUCGGCGGCGACGUGCUGAGCCAGUUCGAGUUUAACUUCAAUUACCUCUCGCGGCACUGGUACGUGCCCGUCGAAGACCUCCUGGGGAUCUACAAGGAGCUCUACGGCCAGGCGUCCAUCAGCAGGGAGGCCAUCGUGGACUGCUCCUACCUCCAGUUCCUGGAGAUGUACGGCGAGGUGCUGGCUGUUUCCAAGCUGUACCCCACUUACUCCAGGAAGUCCCCGUUUCUGGUGGAGCAGUUCCAAGAAUACUUCCUUGGCGGGCUGGACGACAUGGCCUACUGGUCCACCAACGUCUACCGCCUGACCAGCUACAUGCUGGAGAACGGGACCGGGGACUGCCACCUGCCCGAGAACCCGCUGUUCAUCGCCUGCGGCGGCCAGCAGGGCAGGACGCAGAGUAACUCAAAAGCACAAAAAAAUGACUUCCAUAGAAAUCUGACUGCGUCCCUGACUAAGGAGAGCAGGAAAAAUAUAAAGCACACCAAGCGAGGGGUGGUCUUCAGUGUGGACUCCUGGACCUCGGACUCCCUGUCCUUCGUGUACAAGACUUUGGAGAGGAACCUGCGGACCAUCUUCACAGGCAGCUCCCAGCGGCCCCCGAAACACGUGUCCAGCCCCCUGGCGUCUUACUUCCUGUCACGUCCCUACGCGAGGCUUGGCUGGGCCAUGACCUCGGCCGACCUCAACCAGGACGGGCAUGGCGACCUGGUGGUGGGCGCCCCGGGCUACAGCCGCCCUGGCCACGUCCAUGUGGGGCGCGUGUACCUCAUCUACGGCAACGACCUGGGCCUGCCCCCCCUCGACCUGGACCUGGACAAGGAGGCCCACGGCGUCCUGGAGGGCGCCCAGCCCGCAGGCCGCUUCGGCUCGGCCUUGGCCGUGCUGGACUUCAACAAGGACGGCGCGCUCGACCUGGCCGUGGGCGCCCCCUCGGUGGGCUCGGAGCAGCUCAGCUACAAAGGCGCCGUGUACGUCUACUUCGGCUCCAGAGAGGGAAGAAUGUCGCCGUCCCCCAACGUCACCAUCUCUUGCCAGGCCACGUACUGCAACCUGGGCUGGACGCUGCUGGCCGCCGACCUGAAUGGGGAUGGCGAGCCCGACCUGGUGGCGGGCUCGCCCUUCGCGCCGGGCGGAGGGAAGCAGAGGGGCAUGGUGGCUGCCUUUUACUCCAGCCCUGGCCGCAGAGACGGAGGAAGCCUGGCUGCGGAGGCGGCCGACUGGCUGGUGAGGGGCGAGGAGGACUUCGCCUGGCUGGGCUACGCCCUGCACGGCGUCCGCGUGGACAACAGAACGCUGCUCCUGGCGGGGAGCCCCACCUGGAGGAACGCCAGCCGCCCCAGCUUCCUGUCCCGCACGCACGGCAAGACGCAGGCCCUCGGACGGGUGUACGGCUACUUCCCGCCGCGCUGCCAGAGCUGGUUCACCAUUUCCGGGGACAAGGCCAUGGGGAAGCUGGGCACCUCCUUGUCAAGCGGCCGCAUGAUGGUGAACGGGACCCGGAAGCCGGUGCUGCUGGUCGGGGUCCCAACGCACGACGACGUGUCCAAGAUGGCCUUCCUGACCAUGACCUUGCACCAAGGGGGAGCCACGCAGAUGUACGAGCUGACCCCCGAAGGGCAGCCGUCCCUGCUCAGCACCUUCAGCGGAGACCGCCGCUUCUCCCGCUUCGGGGGCGUGCUGCACCUCAGCGACCUGGACGGCGACGGCAUAGACGAAGUCAUCGUGGCGGCCCCCCUGAGGAUAGCAGACAUGACCUCUGGGCUGAUCGGGGGCGAGGACGGCCGCGUUUACGUCUACAACGGCAGAAACACCGUCUUUGGCGAUGUGACGGGCAAAUGCAAAUCCUGGAUGUCCCCGUGUCCAGAGGAGAAGGCCCAACAUGUACUGAUUUCUCCAGAAGCAAGCUCGAGGUUCGGGAGCUCCGUGGUCACCGUCCAGUCGAAGGACAAGAACCAAGUCGUCGUGGCCGCUGGAAGGAGCUCCUUGGGCGCCCGGCUCUCCGGGGCGCUGCACGUCUACAGCCUCCGCUCAGACUGAAGCUCCGCCCCGCGGCCCCUGUGGCUGAGGCGCGUCCGGGGGGUGCUCUCUCGGACAAAGGAGCCCAUGCCCUGAGCCUCGGCAGACCCAGGAGGCGGCGAGGCUCCCUGGGCCGCCGACACGGG